AUGGCGGUGACUGUUGUCAGCCCGUCAGAAGGAUUCAAGCACCUCGGAAUAUUCCAAAGUACUGGUGAUAUAUGGAGCUCGACAAUUGCACCUGUCUGGAGCACAUUGAAGUCGGAAGCGGAGAGGAUUAGUCGAUUGCAGCUGUCCCAUCGUCAGCUCCAGUACAUCGUGAACCACGGUUGGCUACCUCGCGUCCAAUACCGAACGCAGCUAAACGUCUCGCAUAAAGUUGCCAAGCACAUCGACAUUUUAGUAAGAAGAACCGCUAAACAGGUCCUGAGACUGCUUCACAAUACCCCAAAAGCCGUCUUCCAUGACCACAACCAAGGCCUUGGUCUCGCUAGUUUUGAGGACAUGAGCAAUGUCGCUAGAAUUGAGUUGACGCUGCGGGCGGCCGUGUCCAUUGGCACAAGGGUAGACGUCAAAUGUGUGAAUCCAGAUGAAUGUAUGCCCAAACGACCGAAUGAUAGACCAAUUUGGCAAGAGCUAUCGGAAGAAUUACGCGGGCGGUUGCUGAAAUACAACAUCAAGUACGCACACAAAGUGAGAUCAUUUUUUAUCGUCAACCAGUUUGAAGAGAGUGACGAGGGUCUUCUGCUACGCGGGUACGAAUUGGGCCAACGAAUUGGCGACGGGGUAAUUGAGAAGCCACUAGGAUAUGGCGACGAGAUCCGGGUGCAGUGGUGGCACGAGCGCAACCCAGACAGUGGAAUUUGGACUCCUCGGCCGGACGGUGAGGUCACAGAGUAUGCCGAUAUCUUUAUCCCGGUUGAAGUGGUAAGCCUUCCAAGCGGUAGAAGACGUAUAACGCAGCACAGAGUGAUUAUUUGGACAGAUAUGACUUGCGAGGCAGCGAUAACACCUGCGUCGCGGGAGCUAUGGGUUCGUUUCAGUGAGUUUCCAUCGCGUCCACAUCCAAUCCCGGCCUGGGGCGGUAGUGUACACGAUGGAGGAACCCGAGCAGCCAGAGGAGGUUGGGGGCUGCGGACCGGCGCAACGCGGCGGUUAGGACGCCUACAACCUAAUUGGGCCGACAUCACGUCAACGCGUUGUGAAUGUCAUGCGCUUAUCGCAGGGCUUGCUGUCUCAGGAGACUCUGGCACCCAACUGUGCGACAACAAAGCAGCCAUCGUGACGCUGCAAACGGCACGAGCUAUUGCAAACGGAGCGAGGCCUCCUUAUACCAAGUACAGCAACCGACAUCGAAUUGAAAUCCGGUCAAUGGUUGCAUUAAUGUGCCCUGGGGGUACUUUUAACGCAAAGUGGAUACGUUCCCACCAGGAAUGUGAAUAUUCAGAUGAUGUCCAGCUUAACGAGGAGCGUAAAGCUUUAGCAGACGUGGAUGGUGACGCGGCGAGAAGUCACGACGAAGAAAUUCCAAGGUCGUAUUCGGAACUGAUAAAGUGGGAUGACGUGCAUUUAGUGGACUCAGACGGCAAACCAGUGGUUGGGCGAACACGAGUCUUCAUGAUAGGCUUAGUUAACACGAAGCGGAAGGAGGCUUGGAUCCAGACUCAAAGGACCCGUGGCAGUGACCGCGAAACUGCGUGUGUCACCAAUGUGAACACUGUCAAAUUGCUGGCGUGGGACGAAUCACAAAAACGAUUCUACUGGAGGUCAAUCACGAAUGUGCUGCACACGAAUGUCAGAAAACACAUACUCCACGUUAAUUGGGACCCUAACUGCAGACUAUGUGACGAAUCGCGGCUCGACACUCAGUCCCACCGCUACGGCGCGUGCAUUGAGGAGUGUGUAGCAGCGGAACGCCUUCGUCUCGAUGUCAACGAUGAAAUGGAGGCUUUGGAGAUGCCACGAAAUGGCUGGUCGUAUCAAUCACAGGAGGUUGGGUCGUGGAAAGUGAUGGUGCAACUUAGCCUCACAGUAUGGGUUCACGUAGCUCAUGUUAGUGCAUUAAUCAGGGAUUGGCGGUGGGUGCAGUACGCGGGUCACGUUUUUACGUUGGAACUGCAGCUUUGCCGACGUGGUCCAGUUGGGCGUCUUCUACCAGUGCAGUUGCAACGAGCCGCACAUGCGUGCCACCCCGAGGCAAUGCACUACCAGUACCAUCCGAGUCAGAUCACUGGCCUAUGGAUUACUGGAGUGCUCGACUCUCGUUAUCCGAAGUACGAUGAUGCCCUCAAGUGUAGUGGCGGAAGUGGUCACAGUGCUAUGUGGAUUGACGAUACGUAUCUCCCCGCGGAGGAGGAUAGGUGGGAGGACAUUUGCGAAAAGUAUCUCCAGUCCUAA